AUGACGGUCCUCCCUGCAGAACACGAAGCCCAUGCGCCCAUAAUUCAGCAGGCAGAAUUACUUGAUCCUGUGAUCCAGCAAGUAAAUUUGAGUGAUGGACAUGUGAGUAACUCUUCCUCUACUGCAGUACUCAAUGACGGUGCUGUGCCCUCAGCGCGCAGCGAAUCUCGGCGGAAGCACAAUAGAGCCCCACACCCCUUAACUUGGCUGCUUCCUGCCUAUGUACUAGGGCUUUUUAUUGUUGUAUCACUGUGUAGCCGCAUUGGUCAGAAUGUGACGGGAAGUGGUUUGACGGAGCGAAGACUUGCGAGUAGGGGUGGCGCAGGGAUGGAUCUCAAUGCGGACGAGCUGGCGGCCCUUUGCCGUGAAGUGGGGGAAUGGAGGCCUGAUGAACGCUUUUACGGAUCGGGCCGAGUAUCGCCUGCAAUUGUGGAUAAGGUUUUCGAGUCGCUAACUGGGCUGCCACCCGAGAGUGCUUCCAUGUCUGGAAUGAACUCCUCUGCGGGUCUCUCGCGCGGCCCUCCCGAAUCAGCGGGAGGCCAAAGCGUUUACGGACAAGGGCUAGUGUUUCCAUCGCACAAUAUCAGUGAAUGGGGAGCUCCAGCUGGGCAGCAGGAUCCACUCAGCACUCCUGGCGUGGGCACAAGUUCAAUGGUUGCACAAAUAACAAUUCGAGACGUUCAGAGUGACUUUGGCCAAACACCGACACAGUAUUCCGCAUAUUCGGCACCUCCUGCACUAAGCUCACAGACACACCUGCAGCCAGGAAGCCAACAGCAGCCAGUCACGUAUUACGAAGCAGGAUACGGUCAAAGCCAGCAACCAGCAAUGCAGGCGGUAGGACCGCAGGACUUACAUGAACAGAGUUUACUAUUUUUCCCCAGUGCUGCGCCCUCCAAGCGACCUCCAGUUCCUGUACGGCCUCCACCUCCUACACAGGAUACGCUAAUGGCCCGUGCAAACAUCGCAUCUCUUCUAGAUUCGUUAGCCAAGAAUCCCUCCGCGUGGCUUGCAGGAAGUAAUCCAGUUGAACAAAGUAUGGGAGGGCGAGAAACGAAUCCUAUACAGAGCGGUUCCCCGAGCUUUGGCGAAGACCACAGUUCUGCUUCAUCUGGGGACAGCGAUGCAGGCUGCAGCGGCGCUGCACGCGACAAGGAUUCACAAGGUGGCCCUGGGGAACGCGCGCUCACUACGCCAAGUGGCUCUGAGAAUGCUGUAUUUGAUAUCGGGGAGAUCCCUCAAAUAGGUUCUUCGCUUUUCUUCGAGCACCUUUUAACUGUGAGGAACAUUCUUCUCAAGCAACAGAUCUCGAAUCAAGAUGCUAAGGAGCUUGUCACAUGCGCAGCAGCCUUGAUAAAUCACGCACGUAUCAGACUGACGCGAACACUUGACUAUCAGAAGCCGUCUAGAGCCCUAGAAAGUUUAGGCCGCCGCUUUUUAGUGUUUGAUGCGUUACACGCAAUAUCCAAAGGCCUGGGCUCAAACACGCACUGGCAAAGGUGGUGCUCGCAGCUUGCAGCUGUGGUGCCCAUAGAUUAUGCAUACAAAGUGUCAGCAGUUUUAUCUAUGAAGGCCAUCAAGUACCUUGAAUUAGCGAAAGAAAUAUCUGCUGCACUACACAAGUACAAGUCGGGGGAGGCGCCUUCAGCCGAGGAAGUAGCCAGGAUCAAGGAUGAGCUUCUCGGAGCAGAAGAAUCCCCUGUUUACUUCCGUGCUGCAAAGUGGAAAGUCUUGUGUUCGUAUUCCAACUCAUAG